AUGCGAAGCACCUCAUUUGCAGAGAUUUACCACUACGAUAAUUUGACGGAUUGUGAACAAGCUUGUGAAGUACCAUGUGGCACGACAUAUGUUAUCCGGAACGACGUCGAUGAACGACGUCAAUACACUUGCACGCAGCGUAAACUGCCUGUAAUUUCGGCAUUUAUUGAUGUGAACAAUACGGGAGUCCUUACUUUUGUCCUAGCAGCUGCUUUGAUUGUUUGCGGUCUGCUGCUAAUCACAUGCUGCUGUUGCAUUCGUUGGGGGUGUGCAUGCUUCCGGCGAAUGUAUCGGUCGCACAAUUUGUCGAACGAUCCUCUGGUCAAUGGGGAAUUCAAAGAGUCACUCGAUUCGAAAGAUAUCGGCUAUCUCAAAAAAGAGGAGACAAUCAGGAAGAUUGUUACCGUAUAA